GUGCAACACUUCAAAUACUUCUCCAGAUGGAGAUCCCCAGACUGUCUUCACUCCGCUUUUUCGCUCCACAACCACACUCCAAAUAUGUCCGCCCCCGCCGGUACCGUCGAGGAGCCUAAGAAGGCAGAAAUCGAGAAGAUUGAUGCCGUUCUCGAUGAUUCUCAACAGAUCGCCGCACAUGCUACCGACUUUGAGGAUCACGACUUGAGCAUUUGGCAAACCAUUCGCAAAAACCCAUGGGCAACGUUCUGGUCUCUCUACGCAUGCUGGACCGUUAUCCUGCUCGCUUUUGAGAAUCAGGCUGGUGGAGCUGUUGUUGGCAUUCCGGAAUUCCGAAAGGACUUUGGACAUGAAUACCCAGCGGGAUCAGGGUCUUAUGUCGUCCCAGCCAACUGGCAAAGUGCUUUCAGUGGGGCACCGCUCGCAACCCAGAUUAUCGCGUGCCUGCUCACCGGCCAAUUGUCCGAUGCAAUCGGUCGUCGGUACACUCUCCUGAUUGCUCUUAUCAUUGGAUUUGCUGGCGUUGCCGUCGAAUUUGUAGCUACUACGAACCCGGUAUUCUUUGCAGGAAAGUUGGUCAAUGGAGUAUCCAUAGGUAUCCUCUCUACCAUGAUGAUAGGAUAUGUUGGCGAGAUUGCACCAUUGAAGCUUCGUGGUAUCCUUACCUGCUGCAUUGGUGUAGCAUACGGUGUCGGCCCUCUCACUGCAUUCAUCAUCAUCAACUACACUGGCAGUGUCGAGAGCCGCUGGGCAUAUCGAACCAUCUUUUGCUCGCAAUGGGGAUUCGCAGCCGUGGCCCUGAUUCUUUGGCCAUUUAUGCCUGAGUCGCCUUACUGGUUGAUUAUGAAGGGCAAGAAUGAUCGCGCUCUGAAGAGUUUGAACAAGCUGGGCUACAAGGAUGAGCGCGGCGAGCAGCGCCUUGCUCUCAUCCAGGUUACUCUCGAGGAGGUUAAGAAGGAAACCGAAGGAGUCACUUACGCUGAAUGUUUCCGCCGGUCCAACCUUCGUCGUACGAUUGUCGCCAUCAUGCCUUUGACCAUCCAAGCCUUUUCUGGUAUUUCUUUUGUUGCGGGCUACUUCACCUACUAUCUACAACUUGCGGGGUACCCCACAGAUCAAAGUUUCAGGAUCCAGAUUGCCCAGCCUGUAUUGUCUAUUGUUGGCAAUCUCAUGGCGGCCGCUGUUGUUGAUAAAGUAGGACGCCGGGAUUUGACCUUGUAUGGUCUGAUAAUCUUGACCGCCUUCCUUCUGAUUACGGGAGGUCUUGGAACCAACACAACAGACCAGGGAAUGAUCAAGGGAACCGUCGCAUUCAUUCUCAUCUACAGCUGGUGGUACAAUGUUGCUCUCGGCAGCAGCAGUUUCUCCAUCCUGACCGAAGUUCCGACCUCGCGCCUCCGCUACAAGACGGUUGCUCUCGGCCUUGCCUGUGCCGCGUGCGUUAACGUCAUGUGGCAAUUCACCAUUCCCUACAUGUUCAACCCUGACCAGGCCAAUCUCGGGGCCAAGAUUGCUUUCAUUUUCGGCGGGCUCUGCCUGAUUUGCAUCGCUUACUUAUGGUUCUAUCAGGUAGAGACGGCGGGAAGAAGUUAUCAGGAAUUAGAUGAGAUGUUUGCGAAGAAGAUUCCGGCGAGGCAAUUCAAGCACUACAAGACCGAUGUGCAGAUGCAAAACGAAGUCGCUGCUGGCGCAAUGCAGAAAGCGUAAGAUGGAUCUGAUACAAAAUAGUGGAAAGGACACAGUGGUUGGAAGUUCCGAAGUUUAUGAAGAAAU